AUGGCUUAUUCUCCCGCUCCCCCUUCUCCUGGAACUGGAGGCAGCGGGCCCAUGAUGUCAAAUGGCUUGCACUCGAGGGGCCGAUCGACCAGCCCUCCAACCAGCAUGCCGCUUUCGAAGCGGGACAAGCGACGCAGCGCGCUACAAGAGCGCCUUCACGAUCUUACGGCCUCGUUCAGCCAGAACCGUGAUACUCAGUUUCGCCAGCAAUUGCACGCUCUUCAGUGCGAUAUGACCCUUAUCAACAAUGCUGAUCCUUACAAUCCGGGCCCUCUCCCUGAUUCGGCGGAUGAAAUUGCCCACCUGAUUGAGAACACGGUUGGAGGCGGCAAAUUCGCGAAAGAGAUGGCUAGCUUAGCGGGCAUGUGGUAUUCUCGCUUUGUUCAGGAAGUUAACCAGGUCAAGGCAGAUCGAGAUGCUGAUCUCGCUAUGUUGGUGCACCGCCAUAAUAAUAAUCUGGAAAGAUUCCAGCGAGAAUAUGCGUUUCGCGCGCAUUUUGCGGAAGAAGAAUACGACAAUCUCUCGUCAACCCUCCGCGAGCGUCUUGUGCAGACGCUUUCAGGCAAGCGGGCUCGCCUCAUGAGAGAAAAAGAGCAUCUUGACAUCGCGGACACAAAUGCCCUCCUUCUUCACCCUAACCAAUUCAGCAUCACCAACCCUGCCAGCCCUGGUGGACUUCACGGGAACCGCAAAACCAGACAUACUCGCCAUCGCGUGGAUCUCGAUGAAUUAGGCAACGGGAUCAUGUCGGAUCAUCUCAAUAAGAGAAAGAGAAAGGCUCCGGAGGAAGAUAUCGGGUCGCCAGUCCGUGAGACCCCGGCGGAGCGUUCAAAGGCCCAAGUAGCCCAGCAGCAACUUGCGCCGGCGUACUCUAUUCAGUCUCUCUUUACAGAGAAGGAACUCAGUGCACAUGCGAACCAGGCACACAUUGCCACCGUUCAUUUCUUUUCUACGUCCAAACGUCCCGACCAACCCUCAGGCCUGGCAACUAAUGGGAACAAUACGGAUGCGGAUGAGGCAUCCGGCAUGGAUGGCACCGGUGCCGAGGACAACGGCACUCCCGCCACCGAUAUGGCGCGAACCGCGAGCCAGAAUUUCCAUGCUACACGUUCGACCCGGACGCAUGGCAACCACGCUCUCAACCCGCUGGCCGAGCUUUCCGAUAAGCCAGCUGUUCGUCCGAAUCUCCCUUACAAUAUCCUAGCCAACUAUCACGCUCGGCCUAGCAACAGCGGUGCUCCCCCACUACCUCCGCUAAUGAAUGAAGAAGUGGACGAUGAUUGGAUCCGUAUGGAUAAAAUGCAGAACAAGCAUUUGGGACAUGUCGAUAAGAACCUCAUUCAUCUCCUAGUUGAGCAAACUCCGCCGGAAAUCGAUGGAAUCCCACACAACCCGAACCGGUUCAACCUCCUCCAUCCCGACUUCCCAACCGAGGUGGGUAUGCAUCUAUACCCCCUUCGAAAAGACGGGGAGAGCAACGAGCGUGCCAAGAAGGCGAGGAUAGGAUGA